UAACUUUGCCGUACAACAUGGCGGCGCUGUGCCGGGGGCGGAAGCGCUUUCAAUGGGAGCCUGUGCUUUGCCGUACGGCUCGGGUCCUGUCAGGAAAAAAUGAGUAUGAUCUUCUGGUGAUUGGUGGAGGUUCUGGAGGCCUUGCUUGUGCAAAAGAAGCUGCUCAGUUUGGAAAGAAGGUGGCUGUUCUUGAUUACGUGGAGCCUUCACCUAAAGGAACCAAAUGGGGACUUGGUGGCACUUGUGUGAACGUUGGCUGCAUUCCUAAAAAGCUUAUGCAUCAAGCAUCUCUUUUAGGGAGCGCUCUUAAAGAUGCCCAACAUUAUGGCUGGAAUAUAUCCCACCCUGUUCGCCAUGACUGGCCUGUGAUGGCAGAAGCCAUUCAAAAUUAUGUCAAAUCCUUGAACUGGGGACACAGAGUGCAGCUACAGGACAAAAAAGUGAAGUAUUUCAACCUCACAGGCAGUUUGAUGGAUGCACACACAGUUCGUGGUUUGACAAAUGCAGGUAAAGAGACUAUCGUUACUGCAGAAAACAUCGUCAUUGCCACUGGAGGGAGGCCAAAAUAUCCCACACAUAUUGCAGGUGCAUUGGAAUAUGGAAUUACAAGUGAUGAUAUAUUCUGGUUGAAAGAAUCUCCUGGAAAAACGUUGGUGGUUGGAGCCAGCUAUGUGUCCCUUGAGUGUGCCGGUUUUCUCACAGGCAUUGGACAGGAUACCACGGUCAUGGUCAGAAGUAUCCCACUUCGAGGGUUUGAUCAGCAAAUGUCCUUCUUAGUAACUGAUUACAUGGAAUCGUGUGGUACAAGAUUUUUAAAGAAAUGCACCCCAAGUAAAGUUGAAAAGCUGAAGAGUGGCAAACUGCAAGUUACCUGGAAACAUGCUGACUCAGGCAAAGAAGAAAUGGAUGACUUUGACACAGUGAUGUGGGCAGUAGGCCGAGCACCUGACACUAAAACUCUGAAUUUGGAGACAAUUGGGGUGAAAAUUAGCUCUGAAACUGGAAAGAUCAUUGUUGAUGCCAGCGAAGCUACUUCUGUUCCUCACAUUUAUGCAAUUGGAGACAUAACAGAGGGACGCCCUGAACUGACACCUACAGCGAUAGCUGCAGGAAAGCUGCUGGCUCAACGUCUGUUUGGCCAGUCUUCAGAAUUGAUGGAUUAUGACAAUGUACCCACUACAGUUUUCACUCCUCUGGAAUACGGUUGUGUAGGACUGUCAGAAGAAAAGGCAGUGGAACAUUAUGGACUGGAUAACAUAGAGGUAUACCAUGCAUAUUAUAAACCUUUGGAAUUUACAGUGGCUGAAAGAGAUGCAACUCAGUGUUACAUAAAAAUGGUAUGCCUGCGGAAAAAAGAGCAGCGGAUCCUUGGCCUUCAUUUCAUUGGACCAAAUGCAGGUGAAGUGAUUCAAGGAUUUGCUCUUGGAAUGAACAUAAAUGAAAAGCAGAAAGGACUAAGGCAGCAGGACCACAAGUAUCAUGUGAGGAAUAUCUUGGAAAUCGUUGACUGCCGUAUACCCCAAAUGUGGCGCUACGUAUGCGCAGAUGAUGAAGACAGUUGGCAUUCACCCUACCUGUGCUGAGGAAGUAACCAAGUUACGUAUCACAAAGCGCUCUGGUUUGGAUGCAAAGGUUACUGGUUGCUGAGGUUAAGUCCAAUCCCUGGACAGAAGUUAAAAGCACACAGUAGAAUUGAGAAGGAAAAAGAGCAUUCUGAACUGACACAGUUUUGGUAAUCAUAGUCUGCAGCUCAAGGGUUCCUAGGUAUCACUCCUUCAGUAGACAUCAAAAAGUGAAUUUUACAAUCCUAGCCAUACCGUACCUACCUAAAGAACUGCCCUCACACAUCUUUAAAAUCAACACAGUACUUAACCUUCAGAGAAAUAGGAUUUAUGUUAAAAAGCAUCACUUCUGAAGUGCCUGUGUCCUUUGUCUUGCUAGGAGCUAGAGAGAAUCUUCAUUUUCUGUACAUCAGAAUGUGUUUCUUGCCCAUCACUUGGCAUCUAAAGCCAUGUAAAAUUUAAAUGGAUGUCACUUUGUUACAGGAACAGUGGCCAUCACAUUGCUAACCAUUCCCACCCACUGGCAAAUUAAUCCCACUUGGAUUUCAUCCCGCAGAGAAAUGCAUCCUCAAACAGAGGUGAAGAGGAUGCCAGAUAUCUGGAGCUCUCUGACAGUAUAUGCGUGACUUCCGUAGCCAGGGUUUUCCCAAUAGAACAUCUAGCUACUGGCCUCCCCCAGGAAUUCAUCCACAAGGAAUGAUGUCCAAAUCUCACUGAACUGAAACAAGGGUUCAGAACAUGGGCAAUAAUUCCUUCUCAGCUCUGGCAAGAUGGCUCCCUAGUGGUGGUAAUCACAAGAGUUCAAAGUCAAGGCUCAUGGACAGAAAACAGAUCCCAAAGGACAUAGCAGUAGGUAAGCAGCCUUCAGUGUUUCAGGGAAAUGUACCAUGUACAGGAAUUGGUAGUAGAGGAAAAUAUAAAGUGACCAUUUAGAGUUGUUAUACUAUUGGUUGAGUUCACUGUUGGCAUAGGCAGUGUGUGUCAUCAUGGAAGCUCAUUGAAUUCCUUUAGCAACGAGGACAUUUUGCCAUUUAAACACUUACAGAAAGAACUUCCCUGCGCAUUUUUCAAAUUGUCAAUUAAUUUCAGCUCAGAUUGAAUAGGAAGAUCACACAAAUUACUACUCCAGUGCCAAAUAGCAAGCAAUACUGAAAAUUGGAAUUGAACGUAGAAAGUUGUGUGUGCUGUUCAUAUAGCGCAAAUAUUUGACAUGAAUUGGAGUGUGGUGUAUAUGAUCUGCGGUUUUUUUAAAUAGAUUUUCAUUGAUAAACUAAAACUCCUGUAACUCUCACAAUUAACUUAUGGCAGUUGGGAUCCGAAACCAGAAUCUAAAACCAGAAAAGAGAUACACCUGUUCAGAGCUCAGCUUUAAGAUACUAGUCUGCAAACUGUUCUUUCAGCAUAUUGCCCGAACUUCCUGUAGGAAGAAAGCAUUCACCUAGUGUGAGCUGCUUCUUAUUCAUAUUAGCCAGAAGGGGGAGAUCCUGACUAACAUGUAGCAAUAUAAAAACAAGAUAGAAAUCCAGUAGCACAGCUGCUUUUGCCAAAUGCUGUUAAAUAGAUAGCCUGACAAAGGCAAAACAAAAACCCAAACUCUCAGAAUUUCAUUUGAAGUAGCAAUUUAUUGCUCAUACUGUAUUUUGAGAAGUGCAAUCACAUAGUUACUCACGAUCCGUUACAACAGUGCAUGUGGGAAGGGGAGGGGUUGGUUACAAUUCUUUAGAAAGAUAUGAUAAAAAUCAGUCUUUCAUGCUGUAUGUUAAACAACGUAUUUUUGCAAAUGAGUUUUGACAGUUUCCUAGCCAUCCUAGUCUUGUUAACUGCAAAGUUCUUAAGAAUAAUUUGCUGACAAUGCAAAUCUUUGAAACUUUUUUCUUAGACUGUCCAUUUUAAGAUAUUGUUAGUUUACUAUUUUGCUGAGAGUUAUACUAUAGACAAGUGGCAGAUUUAAUUUAAGUUUAAAACAUAUCUUGCCACCAAAAUUGUACAGCAUGUGCCCCAGAAGCUAUUGAAAAACUCUGAAGCUUCAGCAGACAUUAUCAAAACAAAUGUAAUAGUACUUAUCGACACGCCAUCAAGGUGGUAUUACAAUUAAUUCCUUUCAGGGAUCUGACUUUAAAAACAAAACAAAACCCCGCAGCCCUGCACUGGUUCUAAGUGCCUCAUUUCCAGAGUUUGACACUAAAUCAGUGGUCCGCAAUCUUUUCGUCUGGCGGGCGCCAGACAAAGGACCAUGGUGGCGGUCGAGCAUCCGCCGAAAUGCCACCGAAUUUCG